AUGAUUGGGAUGUUCCAGAGAGCUCUCCGCGAUAUCGUAAGCCAACAAUUACCAUCGGUGGAGACGCGGGCGAUUGACUCAAUAGCAGUUUUAAAUUAUUUCUUAUACACAUCACAGAACAGCACAACAGAACGUCCAAUGCGGAUCGUAGAUCGUACUUUAGAAUCCACAAUCAGAGUUCUUAAUCAGAACGAAUUCGCCAUAAUGACGAAUCUGCGUCAGGAUCACGGAUCGGCAGGCACAUUACUUUACCUUGAAGACAUAAGAACGAAGACGAGGUUGUUAGAAAUUCAGAGCAGUUCGCGUCGGGCAGAAGUGCGGGUUUUUUUCGCCGACAGGGAUGGUGGUGUCCGGAGUGCAUUAUUCCAGAACGUCCAGCUGGGAGACCAGCGGUGGCAUCAGGUGGCACUCAGGUUUUCAGGCGACGAGGUAUCGCUCUUCGUGGACUGCGUCCGUGUCGGAGCGCGCCUAAUACCCGAGCGGCACCAAGCCAAUAUAACAAAAGAUACGCGUCUUCUGUUGUUUGGAAGACUGGAUUCGUAUAUUCUCUCCGGGGACGUGGAGUAUCUGAAAGUUGCCGCAGGUUCUCAGGCCGUUGCUCAGUUGCAGUGUCCGCAAAUGGACACUGAAUGCCCAACCUGUGGAGAGUUCCAGGUACUUCAAAAACAACAGAAUGACAUCGUUGCACAGCUAGUCGGCGAAAAGAAGCAAUUACAGAAGCAAGUCGACCAUUUGCUCAAAAUGGUAUUUGAACUUAAGGACAGCGUCGAAGAACUCGAGCGCACCGCCUUACCGCACUGCUGGCCUGAUGGGAAACGCAUCAGCGACGGUACCGUUUGGCGGGAGGGCUGUAAGCAAUGCGUUUGCAAGGUGGAACAAAAAAUUACCUGCUCCCGCAUCGUAUGUCCCGCAAUCCAGAAUUGCGUAGAUCCGAACAUCGACCCUUGCUGUAAGAGUCCUUGUGGACGGAAUUGUUCUCACAGUGGGUCGGACAUCGCGCACGGGACCUCUCUGAACAAACGCAACGAUCGAGGCUGUACCGUCAUAAGCUGUAAUGCGGGAGUCCUGAGUUUCCGCAACGAGACCUGCCAGGAGCUGUCGUGUCCCGAGUCUGAACGGAUAGUCGAGGAGGGAGAAUGCUGUCCCAAAUGUCGCCUUGCCGAUCACUGCGGAUCCUUCAAAGGCCAGUGCGCUGAGAACGCAGUUUGCGUCGGGCACGGCUUCAGCGCCAAGUGCGUCUGCAUCGAGGGCUUCGAGGGUGAUGGUCGAGUGACGUGUCAAGACAUCGACGAAUGCCUCUCCGAAGCUCAGCAUCACUGCCCGGAACAUAGCGUCUGCGUCAAUGCGGCCGGAAAUUACAGUUGUCAUUGUCAAGACGGUUUCAAAAUGGACUCGAAUGAUUUCUGCGUCGACAUCGAUGAAUGUUCAGAGAAUGACUUCUGCGAUGGCGGAGCCACCUGCGUUAACACCUUGGGGGGAUAUCAGUGUACGUGUCCUGAGGGCUAUCGUAGUGAAGGACGUUCGUGCAAACCUGUGUGCAGCUCACCCUGCAAGCAUGGCGGGUUGUGCGUUGCUCCUGAACGGUGUGAGUGUCGCCUCGGCUACCGAGGUGCAUUUUGUGAGCAUGACGUCAACGAGUGUCAGGAGAACUUGCAUCGGUGCGGAUCUCAUGCAACAUGCAUCAAUUUACCCGGAUGGUACACCUGCCAGUGCAACAGCGGAUAUGACGCAGUCAUGAUUAACGGCACAACUAAAUGCAUAGACGUGGACGAAUGCGCCACCGGGCAGCAUGUCUGCUCUAGCGAGAGUGUUUGCAUCAAUCGCGAGGGCUCUUACCACUGCCAUUGCCCGGACGACGCAGAAAAUUGCCCGACGUCUUGCCAAGUUACCGAUCGUGGCUUAGUGAAAACUAUCCAGUCUGGUGGGAAGUGGCUCGACGAAGCCACUUGCGAGAGGUGUGCUUGUGAUAGUGGAGCACGCUUGUGCAAACCCGUUGAGUGCAAUUGCGAUCAGAACCCGAGUCGACGAUGCUGCCCGCAUUGUUUCCAAAACGAUGAAUUCCAAUGCAAAAUUUCCGGUGAUAACGGAACACGGCUCCUCGUGGCCAACGGUCAACGAUACACGCACGGUUGCCAGAUCUGCGAGUGUAUGUUCGGCUCCUUGGACUGCUGGACCACGACCUGUCCGCGCCUCGCGUGCUCGGAGCCCCAGUUCCCCGCGGAUCUCUGCUGUCCCAUCUGCCUUGAUGAAGAUCUCUGUGCUCCAGCUGCGUCCCGAGGACGCGGAUGCCAUCAUCCGGGUUCCCUGUUCAGCGGAGACGUCCAACAGACUCCCCUCGGCAGGGUGACGACCUGUCAGGGGUGUCCAUCGAGCGGAGAAGUACUACAUCGGGUGCAUAAUCCUGCUCGUGGCCGCGCUCGCAAUUCAGCAGAUUCUCCACCGGAGACAUCUUUCAAAAACGGCCACUACGGCAUCCCAAGUGGAGGCUGGUCUUCAACGACGGCGCCCGAACCCCCAAGAUAACGCACACCCCUUGAGAUGAAGGGAACAAUAAUUUAAACUUGGACAAGAGGGGAUUCGUCGCUGAACAACGAGUCCGCGCAUCAAUACGCAUCGCCUGACUCAUCGAAGUAAUCUGAACAGUGAAUGAA